UUUCCGGGGUCACGCUGAUCUUCCGGGUAUCUCCGACAGAGUUGUCUACGCCGUCUUUUCGGCGACUUUUUAGUCUUCCGCCCCCCUCCCCCCCUUUUUUUCCCCUUUUCUUUUUGCUGUCGCCACCCCCAACCUUCCACGGCCGCGCGGGCCUGGCCUUAGGCUCGCGACUCUCCGCCGCCCUGCCGGUCCUAGGUUGCCCGCCCGAGCUGGGCCUCGCCGUGCCUCGCUCCUCCUACCUCUGCCUGCCCGGGCGGCAGCUCGGGCCUGGGAGCGCGUUGGCGGGCGGUGCCGCAGGGCCCUGCUCGGCCCUUCGGCGUGGACGCCGGUGAGUUGAGGGGCUUCGGUGGGGACGCACGUGUGCAGGCCCUGGUCCCUGGCCGGGCGCGUGAAACUUUUCUGAAACUGGCGUUGUGUUUUGCGCGGGAGAGCCUGGCGCUCUCCCGGAGCUCCCCGGAUUAGGGGCGUUCCCCGGCCGCCUCUGGACUUGGUGAAGAAUGUUGGCGCCGCUGGCUUCUCUCUGAUUGUGUCUCCUCGCUAGUUCUAUCCUCCCGCCCUAUCCUCACUCCCUAGACCGAAAGAGUAUAAGACUGUCUUGAGACUCCCUCCUGGAGUUCCAAAAGGCAGUGGCGACCUAAGGUAGAAGAAUACAUGUUUACCUUUAGUGAACAAGAGCAUGUUCCCAAACUCAAUUUUGGGUCGUCCACCCUUCACUCCAACCCACCAACAGCAUAACAGCUUCUUUGCUCUCUCACCAACUCUUUAUUCACACCAGCAACUUAUAGAUGCACAAUUCAACUUUCAAAAUGUAGACUUGUCUAGAGCUGUGUCCUUACAGCCCCUGACAUAUGGAACUGUCAGUCCAAUACAGACCUCAACAUCCCCUUUAUUUCGAGGAAGGAAGAGAAUAAGCGAUGAGAAAGCCUUUCCUCUUGAUGGUAAACGGCAGCGUUUCCAUUCACCCCACCAAGAGCCAACUAUAAUCAACCCACUAGUGCCUUUAUCAGGUGACCGAAGAUAUUCCAUGCCACCGUUGUUUCACACACACUAUGUACCAGAUAUAGUCAGAUGUGUUCCACCUCUUCGAGAAAUUCCACUGUUAGAACCUAGAGAAAUCACACUGCCUGAGGCCAAAGAUAAGUUGAGUCAGCAGAUACUAGAGUUGUUUGAAACUUGUCAGCAGCAAGCAAGUGACUUGAAGAAGAAAGAACUCUGUAGAGCACAGCUGCAGAGAGAGAUCCAGCUGCUCUUCCCACAAAGCAGACUGUUUUUGGUUGGAUCAUCUUUAAAUGGAUUUGGUGCCCGAAGCAGUGAUGGCGACUUAUGCUUAGUUGUUAAAGAAGAGCCAUGUUUUUUCCAGGUAAAUCAGAAGACUGAAGCACGACAUAUACUCACCUUAGUCCAUAAGCACUUCUGUACUAGACUUUCUGGCUAUAUUGAGAGACCUCAGCUGAUUCGUGCAAAAGUGCCAAUUGUGAAGUUCAGGGAUAAAGUCAGUUGUGUGGAAUUCGACUUAAAUGUAAACAAUACCGUUGGAAUUAGAAACACAUUCCUUCUCAGAACUUAUGCAUACCUUGAAAAUCGAGUUCGUCCACUAGUGCUGGUGAUUAAGAAGUGGGCAAGUCACCAUGAGAUAAACGAUGCCAGUCGUGGCACUUUAAGCAGCUAUAGUCUUGUAUUGAUGGUUUUGCACUAUUUACAAACCUUACCUGAACCCAUCCUUCCAUCCCUCCAAAAAAUUUACCCAGAAUCUUUUAGUACUUCUGUACAGCUGCACCUUGUUCACCAUGCCCCAUGUAAUGUUCCUCCUUACCUCUCAAAGAAUGAAUCAAGUCUUGGGGACCUCUUACUGGGCUUUCUUAAAUAUUAUGCUACAGAAUUUGACUGGAACACUCAGAUGAUUUCAGUUCGUGAAGCCAAAGCCAUCCCAAGGCCUGAUGACAUGGAAUGGAGAAAUAAAUACAUCUGUGUUGAAGAACCUUUUGAUGGAACUAAUACCGCCAGAGCUGUACAUGAGAAGCAGAAGUUUGAUAUGAUCAAGGAUCAAUUUGUAAAGUCAUGGCAGAGAUUGAAAAACAAGAGAGAUCUGAACAGUGUUCUACCUUUGAGAGCUGCUACCCUGAAAAGAUAACUGGUCUCUAUUCUUAAAUCUUCCAAGAAAUAAAGAACAAUAGAUAUAUCAUAAUUCAUUUUGUUUACCUCCAUCAUGGUUUAUUUUUAAUGUUGUUUUCAUGUUUUAUUUUUAAAAAGACAUACUUAUAUAAAGAUUGCAUAUUUUAUUAUGACAUUUCCUAAUAAACUCUUUGAUUUAAAAAUGUAUUUUUGAAAAUGUUUACAUCAAUGAUUAGUAGUAUUAUAGCAUGACUUUUCAGCAUAAAAUAUAUUUUGAGAAAUUACCUGAACUAAUAGGGUUUUGAUAUAUUCUCAAGUACUUGUACCACAUGUUUAUACUGAAGAACUACGUGGAAUUUUGCAAAGCAUCUAAGUAAUACGUAUUUAGUGUAACUGGCAGUAGACAGUAGUCCACUCAGUUCUAGUCAAGUAAAGAUUCAAGUCAGUUAUUCAGUUACUUGAAGCAAAUGAAAUCUUUGAUUCAGUGAAAUCACUGUGGAGUCUUGAAAUACUGGACAAUUGCCUUAAGUCUUCACUUGACUCCCUGGGACAGACUGACUGAGGUGUGUCUAUAUAGUGUGUUGAUUAGUGCUUCACACCUCGCUUUGACAGACUCUGGAGUUCGCUUUAGAUUUUAUGUUGAAACAAUACACUUUGCACUGUUGUAAUGGAAACACUAACAGCAGUUAGUGACUUGUUUAUGGACUAUUUCAAAGUCUCCCGACUUAGAUAUUUUGGAAAAAAUGGAGUUUCAUAUGCUUUCUGAUAGCACAGUGAACUGUGCACUGUUGCUUCAUCUCCAUUUUCAUGUUUUUAUUUUCCUCAUGAUAGGAAGCAGCAGAAAACUGAAACAUCAAAGUUAAGAUUAUAUCCUAUUUGUAGAAUCAGAUUUCUGUGGAUUAUAAUCUAAACUGGAAUUUUUAGGCAGUAAGCCACUACAAAGUGUUUUAGAUAAGACAAUAAAGUUAUAAAUAAAGGUUUAAUGUUUAUACAAAAAUCUUUUUUAGUAUUUCUUUUCCACAUGAAAGUAGUAGUUCAGAUGCAAGCUAUGCUGUUUAAUAAGAUUGUUUUUAGUUUAUGUAAAUACUUGUAAAUUGGUCAGUACUUGUAUUGUACAUUUAAAUAUAAAAAGUAAUCUUGAAGGUGGUUUUAACUUUUUCAAAGAUUGCAAACUUCUUGUAGGCCUACAAGGGUACAGUUUGUACCACUAAAUUAUUUUUUGCAGACCAAUUAAAAAACUAAAACUUCUGCUUUGUUUGACUUACAAAGGGUGCGUAUUUUCUUUUUAAGUUUAAAUUUUUGUAUGCUGUCAAAUGGAAUAAAGUUUAUAUCUGGAAAUUGU